AUGGCAACCCUAGCGGCUUAUUUUGGAUUGGGAGAGCAAAAGCACAGGAGCUUGGAUGAUGUUCAAAUGAAUUUGGAGGUUCUUAAGCACUGUGCAACUGUAUUAUUCCUGGAAUCGAGUCUACCGGAUAUAUUGGGUUGUCCCAGUCAGGGGUCUCCAACAGUUGCCACAAGGAGUAGAACCAACGGGAGGUUAAGAUCAUAUGGAGGAGAAACAAGUAGAAAAUCUCCACCUAUUCCUAGCCUUGGAUACCAUAGAGUACUACCUUAUGCACGAAACACUAUUGUACAGAUGACAGACAACCAGAUCGAUAUUCUCUGCAAGGCCGGGUAAUGGACACCAUUAGAUAGACAACUUCCUAAUAAACCAAUCUCAAUCAGGGUUGGAAUGAAGAAAGAAGCAAACUAAAAACUAAGGUUUCAACUUUGAAACUGGUGAUGGAAAAUAGAAUUUUCCUAAUCUACCUAGGUGGCAUAAAGCCUGUUCGUACAGUCACUACUAACUCAAGGACUCCGCAUUAUAGUCUUCUAUUAUCAUGGCUGUAAUGAGUUGGUUCACGCUAGAAACAUGGCAGGCUCACUAACAAAUUAUUUUUUAUUUAUUUAUUUUUGUGUACUGAUGCCAGUCAAUGUAAUUUCGGUUGUAACA